UCGAGCAGCGCCAUCUCUUUCUCCCUUUCCCUUUUCCUCCGCCUGUGGCUGUUGCCGCUGGGAUUCGCCGAUCUCAUCUCUUCAUUCGUCUCACAAACAUCACUUGAGCUCAGCUUCAUCACUUCCCCGCUUGCAUUCGCUUCGUGCUCUCCGUUUCCAGUUCUAAUGAUGUUCCAAUGGACGCUCAACAAACUACCAACAGAAUGUGUUCUAUAACUCAAAUGAAGCAAUUCCAAUCAAAUUCUGCGGGUGGUCUUCAUUGUCAAGGUAAAAAGCCAAGUGUCAAUUGGUCGCAACAUGCCGAAGCACAUCAAAACUUUUCCUGCCAGCUCAAGUUCUUGAGCUCCAAUUUCCUAUUCUCUUUGCCAACACAGAAGCCUCAAAAUGGAGAACCAACGGAUGGGAGGUUUGUAAUCAAUCAGAAUCCAAAUAUUCAGACUUCACAGAGGGCACAAGUUGAGAAGGCUUGGCUUGCUCUUUCAAGUCUCCAGAAUUCUAGCAGGAGCUAUCCCCAACCUGGAAAAACUGUUCAAGUUACUCCUCGGCACCAUGAAGACAGGCGAAUGAACCCCUUACAAAGGACCCAUGAGAAUGAUAAGCUUAAGCCUCCUGAUGUUACCACAACUCCAAUUGUUACUAAUCAUAAUUCACAAGUUUUGGACAGUUCAGUGAACAAGCAUAUCAAGCAUGCUGGCCAAAUCAACGAGGCAUCAACAGGCAUGGUUGUUGACAUUGAUGAUGAUGACAUACUUGAGACCAUUGAUAUUGAUCAAAUAGUGGAGAACUAUCAGUCAUCUUCCACACCCAAACCUCCAAUUUCCAAAUUCCCUCAUAUUACACCAACUGCAGAUACAAAUAAUUUUGCUAGAGAGGGGGGUAGCUGUUUGCCACCAGAACUGUGUAUAGAUUGCAAUCAUGGUUACAAGUUAGGGCUUUGUCCUGAAGCAACAAGUCAUUUGCAGGAAUUUAAGGAUAAUCUGAUUGCUAUUUCUAAUGAACUACUUGACAAUGUUGACAACCUUACUUCUUUGCAGUUGGCAAAGCUUCGGCAAGAUAGGUCACAGCUGAAUAUGAAAAUUCAGCAGCUUGAAAAAUAUAUUCAUUCCAAUAAUCUUGAGGACAGGAAAAAGUCAAAUUUGUUUGCAUCCACAGCACCUACAUCAUUUGUAUAUGAAACUCCUCAGCAGACUCUCCACAGUAAUGCAACAAAGACAUAUGAAUCUCAGGAUUAUGUGGGUAAUGGGACAUGUGGGUCAUUGUUCCAGUCUCUUUCAUUCCCUUGUGCAGAUACAUAUGGCGUGUCAUCAGGUCCAGUGUCGAGGGAAGCUUUCAUCCCAAAGAUUAUUGAAGUAAAUUACAUUGAAGGUUCUGGAGACAAGCGCUGGAGCAGUAAGGAUUUUCCUUGGACAAAACAGUUGGAGGUUAAUAAUAAAAAAGUUUUUGGAAAUCACUCAUUCCGCCCCAAUCAAAGAGAGAUCAUUAAUGCCACAAUGAGUGGAUGUGAUGUUUUUGUUUUGAUGCCCACUGGUGGAGGAAAAAGUCUGACCUAUCAGCUGCCAGCUCUUAUCUGUCCUGGCAUAACAUUAGUAAUUUCUCCCCUUGUGUCCCUUAUUCAAGAUCAAAUUAUGCAUCUACUACAGGCAAAUAUAUCCGCUGCUUACUUAAGUGCUAAUAUGGAAUGGACUGAACAGCAAGAGAUCUUUAGAGAACUUAAUUCCGAAUAUUGUAAUUAUAAGUUGUUGUAUGUAACACCAGAAAAGAUUGCCAAAAGUGACGUACUUUUACGAAACCUGGAGAGUUUACAUGCUCGAGAAUUGCUUGCAAGAAUUGUAAUUGAUGAGGCUCACUGUGUGAGUCAAUGGGGGCAUGAUUUUAGACCAGAUUAUCAGGGACUUGGCAUAUUGAAACAGAAAUUCCCAAAUACUCCUGUUUUAGCUUUAACAGCUACUGCAACAGCUAGUGUCAAAGAGGACGUUGUGCAAGCAUUAGGACUUGUUAACUGCAUUAUUUUCCGGCAGAGUUUUAAUCGCCCAAACUUAAGGUAUUCUGUCCUUCCCAAGACCAAAAAGUGUUUGGAAGACGUUGACAAAUUCAUUAGGGAAAACCAUUUUGAUGAGUGUGGCAUUAUAUAUUGCCUUUCUCGAAUGGACUGUGAAAAGGUUGCUGAAAAGUUGCAGGAGUUUGGACAUAAGUGUGCAUUUUAUCAUGGUAACAUGGAUCCUGCUCAACGUGCCUUUGUUCAAAAGCAGUGGAGUAAAGAUGAGAUCAAUAUAAUUUGUGCUACUGUGGCAUUUGGAAUGGGUAUUAACAAGCCUGAUGUUCGCUUCAUAAUCCAUCAUUCCCUUCCAAAAUCUAUUGAAGGUUAUCAUCAGGAAUGUGGACGAGCUGGUAGAGAUGGUCUACGUUCUUCCUGUAUAUUAUAUUACAGCUACAGUGAUUAUAUUCGAGUUAAGCAUAUGAUAAGUCAAGGAGCAAUAGAGCAAAGUUCAAUGACAUAUGGAUACAGUCGCUCAAAUAUGACAAAUUCAGGAAGGAUAUUGGAAACAAACACUGAAAACCUUUUGCGAAUGGUCAGUUAUUGCGAAAAUGACGUUGAUUGUAGGCGUCUUCUGCAGCUUGCUCAUUUUGGGGAGAAGUUUGAUUCUUCAACAUGUCAGAAAACAUGUGAUAAUUGUUUGAAGAACACAAGUUUUAUUGAGAAAGAUGUCACCGAGAUUGCAAAGCAAUUGGUUGAACUGGUUAAGCUAACUGGGCAGAAGGUCUCAUCAUCACAUAUAUUAGAAGUCUAUCGUGGAUCCUUAAGCCAGUUGGUCAAGAAACACCGUCAUGAUACUUUGAGCCUUCAUAGUGCUGGGAAGCAUCUAGCUAAGGGUGAGGCUUCUCGAGUAUUGCAUCAUCUUGUUGUAGAGGAUUUUCUUGUGGAGGAGGUUAAAAAAAGUGAUUUUUAUGGAUCAGUAUCAUCAAUAUUGAAGGUAAAUGACCCCAAGGUCCGCAACCUGUUGCUCGGGGGCCAGAGAAUUAUACUGAGGUUCCCAUCGUCCAUAAAAGCAUCAAAAUUAGCGAAGUUCGAGUUCACUCCAGCUAAAGGAUCUCUGACAUCUGGAAAACAAAAUAGUCAUCAAAUUGAUACUCCUGCUCAGCCCCAAACUCAAGUUGACAUGAAUCUUUCAGCAAAGUUAUACUCAGCAUUGCGGUUGCUGCGGGCAACUAUUCUUGGUGAAGCUGGAGACGAUGUCUUGGCUCACCACGUAUUCUGUAAUUCUCUGUUGCAGCUGAUGAGCAAGAAAGUACCAAGAACAAAGGAAGAACUCCUUGAACUCAAUGGCAUGAGCAAGGCCAAGGUAAGCAAUUAUGGUGAUCAGAUACUGAAAACCAUUGAAAAUACUAUUAAUGAGUAUUACAAGUUGGAUAAAAGCAGCAAUGGCAGUGCUGAUUCUGCAAAAAGGAGACGAGAUGCAAAUGGAGGCCUAGAUAGAAAUCUUGAGGAUGAUGAUGAGUUGACUAAAAGUACUGGUCGCACAAAGAAAAGGACAGUGCAGAGAAAUAAUAAAAAAGCUGAGAUAUACCAUUCUGAAGAGGAAGAUAAUUACUAUGGAUGUCUUGAUGAGGACCUAGAUUUUGACAAUAUAGAAAAUGAAGCACUAAAUAGAAUAAACAGUAGGAAUGCUAAUGGAAGAGUACUGCCUCAAUGGACACCAUCUUGAAAUUGUAUUAUUAUUUAUUAAGGGCUUUUUCUUGAACACUUGGUGGUUGGUGCCAACCUUAAAAUUAAGAGGAAAUUGUAUAUAGCUUCUCACUCUGUCAUGGCCAUCAAUAGUGUAUUCUGGGACAACACGGCAUUUUGAGUAAUGCCGUUGACGAAUUGUUAAUAUGUAUUA